AUGUCUUCCCCUCGCCCGUGUCCAGCGGUCCUGAUGACUCCCACCUGUGGACAACGGCGCAGUGUCUGGCCAAGACAUUUAAAUGUGUAUGAGAAUGAUGAUGAUUUAGAAAUGCCCAUUGAUGCUGUAUCUGGUCAACACAUUAACGUAUACGAAAAUGAUGUUGAGGUAGGUGUGUCUUCUAACAAUGUAGCUGGAUCAGCCAGGCAUGCAUAUGAGAAUGAUGCUGAAGUUUUGCAAGACACUCACGAGUAUGAGAAUGAUCAUGAGGUGUAUGAAAAUGAUGGUGUGGGGGUAGGCUCUAUUGCCAGUUUGUCUGGAAAGCCCAUUAACGUGUAUGAAAAUGAUGAUGAUGAUAAAGCAGCAGCUGCUGCUGAUGAUUCUGUAGAUGGAGAAGACACUCCUGACGAGUAUGGAAGGAGCAAUUCCCAUGCUACAUCGUCUGAUCAUCCGUCAAUCUAUGACAAUGAGGCUACAAAGGCAGCAACUACUGCUCCUCAGAGUCAGACGGUUUAUCAGAAUGAAACCGGGAAGUCUCAUGCCAUCUAUGGGAACGAGAAUGAGGAGGUUCUAUCUUCUGAUUCUUGGCCCAUCUAUGGGAACGAGAGUGAGCAGGCAGUGUCUAAUUGUCAGCUAAUCUAUGGGAACGAGAGUGAUCAGGCUCAAUCUUCUCAGCCCAUCUAUGGGAACGAGAAUGAGCAGGCUCUAUCUAUUGAUUCUCAGCCCAUCUAUGGGAACGAGAGUGAUCAGGCUCUAUCCUCUCAGCCCAUCUAUGGGAACGAGAAUGAGCAGGCUCUAUCUGCUGAUUCUCAGCCCAUCUAUGGGAACGAGAAUGAGCAGGCUCUGUCUUCUCAGCCCAUCUAUGGGAACGAGAAUGAGCAGGCUCUAUCUGCUGAUUCUCAGCCCAUCUAUGGGAACGAGAGUGAGCAGGCAGUGUCUCAUGCUCAGCCCAUCUAUGGGAACGAGAGUGAGCAGGUUUUAUCUUCUCAUCCCAUCUAUGGGAAUGAGAAUGAGCAGGCUCAAUCUGCUGAUUCUCUGGUCAUCUAUGGGAACGAGAGUGAGGGGGCAAUGUCUAAUUGUCAGCUAAUCUAUGGGAACGAGAGUGAUCAGGCUCUAUCUGCUGAUUCUCUGGUCAUCUAUGGGAACGGGAAUGAGGAGGCAUUAUCUGGUGAUUCUCAGCCCAUCUAUGAGGGCAGUGUCCUUGACGAGCUGAUCACAACAGAGAUGUAA